GCCGGGGAGAGCGUUGAAAGAGCAGGAAGUCCACCUGCAGGUCAGGGACCGGCGGCGCAAGCGGCGUUGGCUGAGACGGAGGUCCGCCAGGAACCGGGAAGUACGCCGAUGUCGUUGGCCGCCGCCGCCGCCGCCAAAAUCCGCCGGGAGCAGGAGCGAGAGCAGGAUAAGGGCGGGGAUGAGGGCGAGCACGAGGGCGUGGAGGUGCCUGAGUGGUGGGUGUUUCCCUUCCUGCUUCUCACAGCGGCGUACAGCCCGUGGAGCGGUCAGGCCCCGUCGGAGUGGAAGCACCUCGACUCUUCGGACCGGCCGUCGAAAAAAGCGGAAGGGCGGGGACGUCACCGUGGACUCUGAAAACCCCGUGUGCAGCCCCGCGGUGAUGUCUCGCCUCAACCCCAACGGCGACGCUCUUAGCCGCCGCCAACACUUCGCCGCAAUCAAGCGAGAGCAGGAGCACGAGAGGAAAGCAGCGGCCGACAAGGAACAGGCUGCGAACACACACGUCGAGACCAUAGGCGCGAACAUGAAGAGGAUGGUCGAGCUCAAGGAGGCGGAGGCUGUGGGCAUCAAGCGUGAGAACAAGAUCAAGGCUCUCGAGAAAAAGAUUAGGCUGCGUCUGGGGGACGGGACAGAGAACCGGGCGGAGCUCGAGUUCUUGCUAAACGAGUUUUAG